CCAUAUUCCAAGGCCCACUUAUCUUCUUCACGGAAGCAGCGCGACCAAUAGAAGAGAGAGACAGCGAAAAUGGCCAACACGAUCGCCGGCGUCGCCGUCGGGAUUUCAUCCGCAACUCCCAGGCUUUCUCAGAGACCCAUUUCACGGUCGUCUCGGCGUUUUUCCACGGUCAAAAUGGCCGUCUCGCUCGACGAGAAGAAGAAGAAUUUCACUCUUCAGAAAUCCGAGGAGGCCUUCAAUGCCGCCAAGGAGUUGAUGCCUGGAGGUGUGAAUUCCCCUGUACGUGCUUUUAAAUCUGUUGGCGGACAACCUGUUGUGAUUGAUUCUGUCAAGGGCUCUCACAUGUGGGACAUUGAUGGCAAUGAGUACAUUGACUACGUAGGUUCUUGGGGACCUGCAAUAAUCGGGCACGCAGAUGAUAAGGUACUUGCAGCUCUGGCUGAAACAAUGAAGAAAGGAACAAGCUUUGGUGCACCUUGUCUUCUAGAAAAUGUUCUGGCAAAAAUGGUGAUUGAAGCUGUUCCAAGCAUUGAAAUGGUUCGGUUUGUUAACUCAGGCACAGAAGCAUGUAUGGGUGUGCUUCGUCUGGCCCGUGCAUAUACUGGCCGAGGGAAGAUAAUUAAGUUUGAAGGCUGUUACCAUGGCCAUGCUGAUCCAUUCCUUGUCAAGGCUGGUAGUGGGGUUGCCACAUUAGGACUUCCAGACUCACCAGGUGUUCCUAAAGCAGCGACUAUUGAUACGCUAACAGCCCCUUACAAUGACUUGUCAGCCGUGGAAGCUCUUUUACAAAGUAACAAAGGAGAAGUUGCAGCAAUCAUCCUUGAACCAGUUGUUGGGAACUCUGGUUUUAUCACUCCUACCCCAGAUUUCCUUAACGGAAUACGCAAACUCACCAAAGAACAUGGUGCUCUCCUCAUUUUUGAUGAAGUGAUGACUGGGUUCCGUUUGUCUUAUGGUGGAGCUCAGGAGUAUUUUGGUAUUACUCCUGAUUUAACAACACUUGGGAAGAUCAUUGGUGGCGGUCUACCAGUUGGUGCAUAUGGUGGAAGGAGGGAGAUUAUGGAAAUGGUGGCACCAGCAGGGCCAAUGUAUCAGGCUGGGACCUUGAGUGGUAACCCGCUAGCAAUGACUGCUGGGAUUCACACCCUUGAGAGGUUGAAGGAGCCAGGCAGCUAUGAACACCUGAACAAGAUUACAGGUGACCUUAUUCAAGGUAUCAUAGAUGCUGGGAAGAAGGCUGGACAUGCAAUUUGUGGUGGAUAUAUCAGCGGGAUGUUUGGAUUCUUCUUCACUGAAGGGCCUGUUUACAACUUUGACGAUGCAAAAAAGAGUGAUGCCGCAAGGUUUGGAAGGUUUUAUAGGGGAAUGCUGGAGGAAGGUGUAUACUUUGCUCCCUCGCAGUUUGAGGCUGGGUUUACAAGCUUGGCGCAUACUUCUGAGGACAUCCAAAAUACAAUAGCUGCUGCAGAGAAAGUUUUAAGGCAGAUAUAGAAAAAUAAGUUGCUUCUGUGUGCUAUUUUUUGGUUUCAAUCCUUGUAUUUUUUAUGUCGCUUUUUGCAGGUGAUUUAGAGAGAGUUGUUCAAGUUUUAUUCUUUUAGAAUUCUUGUGCUAUUGUAAUUGUUGAGUGUAACAUCUGAUCUUAAGCUAGUAAAUAACAAUGGAAAAUUUGUUAGUUUCUUCCA